UGUCAAAAUACUAAGGGGGUGGAAUGGGUAUUCACGGUCUUUCAAAGCUUUUAGGAGAUUAUGCCCCUUCAUCUAUCAAGGAACAUGAAUAUAAAAGUUAUUUUGGAAGGAAAAUUGCCAUUGAUGCUUCCAUGAGUUUAUACCAGUUUCUGAUAGCCGUCAGACAGGACGGACAAGUAUUGAUGACUGAGAGUGGUGAGACUACAAGUCACUUAAUGGGAUUCUUUUAUCGGACAAUAAGAAUGGUUGAUAAUGGCAUAAAGCCGGUCUACGUUUUUGACGGAAAACCUCCGACAAUGAAAUCUGGCGAACUGGCUAAAAGAGCUGAUAGAAGGGCUGAAGCCCAGAAGGAACUGCUAAAGGCAGAGGAACAAGGAGACAUUCAAGAAGUAGAAAAGUUUCAAAAGAGACUAGUUAAAGUAACACCUGAGCAUGUAUCUGAGGCUAAGAAGUUACUCUCCCUAAUGGGGAUCCCUUAUGUUGAAGCUCCAUGUGAAGCAGAAGCACAGUGUGCUGCAUUAACUAAAGCUGGUAAAGUCUAUGCUACUGCUACUGAGGAUAUGGAUGCACUUACCUUUGGCUCUAGCAUACUAGUUCGUAACUUGACUGCUAGUGAAGCUAGGAAGCUACCAGUUCGUGAAAUAAAUUUAUCUAAAGCUUUGACAGAACUAGAUAUGGACCAAUCCCAGUUUAUUGACUUGUGCAUAUUACUUGGAUGUGAUUAUUGUGACUCUAUUAAAGGUAUUGGACCAGUUAAUGCUAUGAAGCUGCUAAGGCAACAUGGAAACAUUGAGAAAAUACUUAAAGGAUUGUCUGGAAAGAAGUAUCAAAUUCCUGAAAAUUGGCCUUUUGAAGAAGCAAGAAGAUUAUUUGUUGAGCCUGAUGUCAGUCCAGCAGAUGAUAUUGAGUUAAAAUGGGGUAAUCCUGAUGAAGAGGGGAUUGUAAAAUUCCUUGUUGAAGAGAAAGGGUUUAGUGAGGAUCGGAUUAGAAAUGGUGUCAAGAAGUUACUGAAGAGCAAGCAAGGGUCAACACAGGGGAGACUAGACUCUUUCUUUAAAGCUGCACCCUCACCAAAAGCAGGGAUCAAAAGAAAGGCUAGUGAUAGCAAGGGUCCAUUAAAAAAGAAAGUGAAUAAAAGCAAAUAAACAAAUAUUUAUAACAAUUAAUAUUAUUGUUAUUCCUUUACAAUAAGUAAUGCAAUAAGUAUGAUGAUUUCGUUAACGAAUCCAACCAGUCCUCCAAA